AAGAUAAAACGACCGAGAAUGGAUAAAAUAAGGAGAAAGCUACCCCUUAACAGUACCACCGUAUCUGUAUGUUGCAAAACUUGAGCUAUACGAUGAAAUACCUACCCGCGAGACCCCUCCGAGCACUACACGUGCUAACUCUGCUCCACACGUGUCUCCUUGUGCCUCUAACUGCAUCCGUUCCAGACACUAGACUCAAAAUGGUUGAUUAUAACGACGAAACGCGUGCCAUGCAUGUAAAUAGAACCAUAGCCGCUCCAGCGCGCGCUCACAUGGAAUUUCCACAUCACGAAACCGAUACAAAAAUGGAAGAAAAAAAAGCCAAGAAAAUUGCGAGCGAGUUCCGAUCAGAGUUCCUGCAAAUGCUCCGUAAGAGACGAACUCCUCGAGUUCCGUUAACCACUGAAAUCGUAAAACCAGUGGAGAAUGCUUGGUAUCAGAAGAACUCUCCUUCAUCGAAAAUCGAUGAGGAGAUUAUGAAAUCUUGUCCAAAGAAAGACAUUGAGAAUUUCAAAGAUUUGCUCAAGGAGGAGAAUCUGUAUUUAAAUACAGAAGAAGGAGAACAAGGAAAGUUGCCUCUGUUGAUUUUGAGUGCGAAGGAAAGUGAUAAAGAGAAAAAAAGACCUGCAGUUGUUUUCCUUCACGGUACAAACAAGUAUAAAGAAUUUUUGCGUCCAUUGCUAGAGGCAUAUGCUUCGCGAGGAUACAUAGCAAUCUCGGUUGAUUCUCGUUACCAUGGUGAACGAGCAAAGAGCGCCACCACCUAUCGCGAUCUCUCAAUAUUGCACAACUUGUUUUGUGUUGAUAAAUUUCAUCAAGAUAAACCUAGUCAAGCUCUUAUUUCUGCAUGGAGAACUGGAAACACAAUGCCAUUCAUAUAUGACACGGUAUGGGACUUGAUUAAAUUGGCAGAUUAUCUAACACAGAGGGAAGAUAUAGACCCCUCUAGGAUAGGAAUCACUGGAAUAUCCCUUGGAGGAAUGCAUGCAUGGUUUGCUGCAGCUGCUGAUACUCGCUAUGCAGUAGUUGCUCCUAUAAUUGGUGUUCAGGGAUUUCGAUGGGCCAUAGACAACGAUAAGUGGCAUGACCGAGUUGAUAGUAUAAAGCCUGUAUUUGAAGUGGCUCGUCAUGAUUUGGGUAAAAGUGCUAUCGACAAAGACGUAGUCGAGAAGGUGUGGGAUAGGAUUGCUCCUGGUUUAGCUUCCAAGUAUGAUUCUCCCUACUCAGUUCCAUCUAUUGCACCCCGUCCUCUACUUAUAAUCAAUGGUGCGGACGAUCCUAGGUGUCACCUUGCCGGUUUGGAAAAUGUAAGGUUAAAAACAAGUCAGAUAUAUGAAGUGUUUCAAUGCUCAGAUAAUUUUAAGUUUAUGGCAGAACCUGAAAUCGCACAUCAAAUAUCAAAAUUUCAGGUGAAAGAGUCGUCGGAUUGGUUUGACAAAUUUCUAAAGCCUCAGCAACUUAAGCCUAAACUGUAAAAUGAUAAAAAAAAAAAAAAAAAAAAAAAAAAAAAAAAGCUCUCUCUGGCUCCUGUUACAAUUUUGUACUUAAAAUAUAUCUCCUAGUUCAUGUAUCCCAUACUCCAUGUUAAUUAUGUUAUAAUUUUCUAAUUAAUAUAUCAUCCCCUAUUCCUUGUAAAUUAUGUUAAAAUUUUCUAAUAAAUGUAUCCUUCCCUAGUCCAUGUUAUCCUAAU